UUCCUUUUCGCCGUACAAUAUCUAUCCUUUACGUAAGCAAAUGAGGAGCACAGUUCCUCGGAAUUCCAGCAUUUGGACAAUAACCAAAGUUGGAGAAAAUCAUCCAUUCAAUAGCCGCAGUGGAGAAAUACAUGCUAUUUCUAAAAGGUUAUCUUUCAUUGUGAGGGCUGCCGCAGCAACGCUAGAUUCUGACGACGGUGGAAACGACGCACUGCCGGCGACGACGGAGCGGCGGCGGAGAAGGAGCGUGUUUUGGGUGGGAAAGUUGAAAUGUUUGGACAUGGCACCCGGUUCGCCGGAGGGGGCGGUGGUUUUUGUAUUGAUGCAUUUGGUGUGUGUGAUUGCGCCAUUUUGUUUCAGUUGGAAUGCUUUUGGCGUUGCGUCUGUGUUGUCCAUCAUCACCGGUUUGGGCAUUACUCUCUCUUAUCAUAGAAAUCUGUGUCACAGGAGUUUCAAGCUUCCUAAAUGGCUUGAGUACUUGUUUGCCUACUGUGCUGUUCAUGCACUUCAGGGGACUCCAAUUGGUUGGGUGAGCACUCAUAGACACCACCAUCAAAAUUGUGACUCUGAGAGAGAUCCUCACAGUCCCAUUCAAGGAUUUUGGUAUAGUCACAUGGGCUGGUUGUUUGACUUCAACUCCAUUAAUGAAAGGAGAGAAAUGCCAUCAAAUGUUGGGGAUUUGGAGAAACAAUUCUUCUAUAGGUUCAUCCAAUUCACCUACGUUAUUCAUCCCAUUGUGCUUGCAACAUUGCUAUAUGCUAUAGGCGGAUUUCCUUAUGUAGUUUGGGGCAUGGGGGUAAGAGUUGUAUUGGUGUAUCAUAUAACAUUUUUGGUGAAUUCUGCAUGCCACGUUUGGGGAAAUCAAAUAUGGAACACUGGCGAUCUAUCUAGAAAUAAUUGGUUGGUGGCAUUGCUAACAUUCGGAGAAGGUUGGCAUAACAAUCACCAUGCGUUUGAGUUUUCGGCUAGACAUGGUCUAGAGUGGUGGCAAUUUGACUUAACUUGGUAUAUUAUAUGGAUUCUUCGCGCUUUUGGUUUAGCUACUGAUGUCAAAUUACCCACUAAUGCUCAAAAGAGAAUGGUGAGUUUUAACAAGAAGUAAGUCCCGGUACGAUAUAGGGAUUGGAACACAUGUGUACGUUUAAAUAGGGGAUAUUAAUUAGUUCGUUGGAAGUGAACCUAGCUUGAUUGAGUUAUAGUAGUUUAAUGCCAAGUAGCAGGUAAGUAUACGUAUGAACAAAUAGUACAUUGUAAUAGAGACAGUAAUAUUAAAAAUAUAUAAUUGUUUAAUAAAUAUGGGAACAUAGUCACUA